AUGUUGCUGACGCCGUAUGCGUAUGUUGAGAUCUCGGACUUUAUCAAAGUUUUACCCCCGAGUUUUCGGACGGGCGAGGAGCAGGACACUACUGAGAGCGCUCGAUGGAUCCUGGACAAGCUGGGAGGGUGCAAACAGAGAUUAGUUGGAGAUAUUUUCGCCUUGGAAUUGGUCCAUAAGACUCAGUGCCAGACGUGUCACACUAUAUCGACCCGCUUGGAACCUUGUACCGAUAUUGGUCUCAGCGUGCCUCGAGAAGCUGAAGUGUUGGGUCAGGGGAGUCUAGACGUGAAUGGGCUCCUCAAGACAUGGGCGGAGCCUGAGGAGAUGACGGGAAACAACCAGUAUAGUUGCGAUAACUGCGGGUGUAAGAGAGAUGCCAAGCGAUGGGUUGAGCUGAGCAGCGCUCCGCCGACGCAUCUCAUUUUGGUUCUCUAUCGUUUCUCCUUUGAUAUCGACAGCUGUGAUUUCAAGAAGGAGAAGACGGUUGUGUAUCCGGACAUGGAUGACCUUAGUUUCGGUGGAGCCAAUUAUGAGUGCUAUGGAUCUAUCUUGCAUAAGGGCGAGACUAUUCAGAACGGUCACUACAUUACGGUGGGACGAAGGUCGGAGGCCCCUCGAGGGAAGUGGCACGAGUAUAACGACUCGGAAGUGACUGAUAUUACUAAGGAAGAGGUCAAUCGAUUAUUGAGCGGGUUAGAAAGACCGAAUACAAGCGCCUAUAUGAUAUUCUACCGCAUGAAGGGCUCUAAUGUUCCUAGGGGGCCGAUGCCUAUUGUGGACCCUAAGAUCACGGCAGAGGCAAGGGCAGUCGAGGCAAAGGCUGUGCAUUUGAAUGAUUGA